AUGAAGGAUCUCCAUUUGGCUAUUGAGGAGCUUGUCUUCAGCUCGGUUCAAAAGGCUGCUAAUGGUGAUCCCACCCACCCGAAGGUGUACUGGACCGACACCGCCCCUCGUCGUCAUAACUGGUUCGGCCUCUCUGUGCCAGGAAGUCGAUACUCUUAUGAUAACCCUGACAGUAUAUACCGGACCGUCCCUAUUGACGGCAAGUAUAAGUAUAAGCUGAAGGGUCGUCGGUUCGGCAAUGGUACGACAGAUACUAGCUUCUCGCUCAUUAGCAACGUGAACUCCCAGAAUACCAUCAGCACCAUUUCGAAAAAGGAUCUUAAAGUGAACGCGGAUGGUACUUACGAGAUCACCAUUAGCUCGGAGGAUAUCAAGGAAAACCAUCUCAAGUCUGACUGGACCGCCAAGCAAAUCUUCAUCCGUAACAACCUGGGUGACUGGAACAAGGAGACGCCUGACGAGCUUGAGGUGGAAGUGCAAGGCAACCCCAAGCCGUGGUUCCCCCGCACCAACCGCUCUAUCAUCAAUGAUGCCAAAAACGACCUAAAGCAGUCGACGUUCUUUUACGGCUUCGGUGCUCUUGACCUCAAGACCUUGUCUGUCCCAGUGAACGUACUCAAGGAUCCUUCUCAGUCCCAGUCACUUGGUACUCUUACAUCACAAGCCCAGUCGUUCGGGCACUACAAGAUUCAGGACGAUGAAGCCUACGUCAUCACUAUUAAUGGUGGAAAGUCUAGCUACUGGGUUGUUCCUGUUUAUACGAUGGGCAUGGUGACGAAUGAUCCAGAGCACAACAUUGUCAGCUUCAACAGUGUUCAGUCUGCUCCCAACAACAACGGGACAUACACAUUCGUUCUUUCUGCGAAGGACCCCAACGUCUACAACUGGAUUAGCAUUGCUGGCAUGCCGCAAGGUACUUUCAUGCUACGGUGGCAGGGUCUUCCCCCGUCGGAUGGCACUGUAAAAGAUAUUAAAGUUAACACACAAGUUGUCAAGUUCGACAAACUGCAUGAGGUGCUCCCGAAUGGCACGCGCUAUGUCUCUGCGAAGGAGCGGCAGCAGCAAAUUCGGGAACGCCUGCAAGGCUACCAGCGGAUCCACUUUCAGUAG